AUGGAUUUCACUUUGGAUUUUUAUCUGCGACAAACCUGGCAUGACCCUCGUCUUGCAUUCAAACAAAUCAGUACAACACACGCUGAUAUCGAUGCUUUAACGGUAGGUGUGGACUAUUUGGAGAAGUUAUGGAAGCCAGAUACAUUCUUUCCGAACGAAAAGAAAUCUUAUUUUCACAAGGCAACAACUCACAAUUCAUUCCUUCGGAUCGAUCCAGACGGAAACGUUUUCACAAGCCAGAGGUCAACCGAUUCUUUGUUCAUCAAUCGCAUCAGAGCAUGGCCAAAAACCUCACAAAUUUUAUGA